CCACGUGACACACGUUUUCACAACGUUAUCGCCAUUUUUCCCUUGUGGAAGGCGCACACAAGUUUGGAAAGAAAACAACAACCGAAGCACAGGGAGCCUUUGAUAAGUAUCCCUGACCAGAGAGAGAGAAUCACUAUGGCAUUCCCAUACAUGAUAGGGCCUGGGGGUCAGCCCUUUAUCAUCCAGCAGAUACCUAUGAUCCCCCAGCCAGUAUUACAGGUUCCGCCCCAGCAGAUGCCCCCUCCUGUAGCCCCUCCCCCUCAACAGCCGAAAGUGCCUGAUUAUAUGUCUGAGGACCGUCUAAAUGAGAAAUCGCAUAAAUGGACACAACUUCAGUCCAAGCGCUACAGCGAGAAAAGAAAAUUUGGAUUCGUAGAUGCACAGAAGGAACACAUGCCACCAGAACAAGUCCGAAAAAUUAUCCGAGACCAUGGUGACAUGACAAACAGAAAGUUCCGACACGAUAAGAGAGUUUAUCUUGGUGCCCUGAAGUUUAUGCCACACGCUGUCCUUAAGCUAAUGGAGAACAUGCCGAUGCCAUGGGAACAGAUUCGUGAUGUUGACGUAUUGUUCCAUCUCACAGGAGCCAUCACCUUCGUCAACGAGAUACCCUGGGUCAUUGAACCUGUGUAUAUAGCACAGUGGGGAUCGAUGUGGAUCAUGAUGCGACGAGAGAAAAGAGAUCGUCGUCACUUUAAAAGAAUGCGUUUCCCACCAUUUGAUGAUGAAGAACCGCCAUUGGACUAUGCAGACAACAUCCUUGAUGUAGAGCCGUUGGAAGCCAUUCAGAUGGAGCUGGACUCGGAUGAAGACAAACCUGUCAUGGAGUGGUUCUAUGACCACAAGCCACUCACAGAAUCGAGAAAUGUGAAUGGCACUACGUACCGCCGCUGGGGACUGACACUGCCCGUGAUGUCAGUAUUGUACCGUCUGGCCAAUCAGCUUCUCACAGAUCUGGUCGACUACAAUUACUUCUACCUGUUUGAUCUCAAAUCCUUCUUCACAGCCAAGGCACUUAACAUGGCCAUUCCCGGAGGACCCAAGUUUGAACCCCUGGUUAAGGACAAGGAACACCAGGAUGAAGACUGGAAUGAGUUCAACGACAUCAACAAGAUCAUUAUUAGACAGCCAAUCAGGACGGAGUAUCGCAUUGCCUUCCCGUACCUAUAUAACAGCAUGCCCUACAAAGUACACCUGUCCUGGUACCACACCCCCAAUGUUGUGUACAUCAAGACGGAGGACCCCGAUCUGCCAGCAUUCUACUUUGAUCCCCUCAUCAACCCCAUUUCUCACAGACAUGCUGCCGUUAAGUCGGAGAUUCUUCCUGACGAUGAUGAGGAGUUUGAGCUGCCAGACUAUGUCCAGCCAUUCAUGCAAGAGACACCGCUGUACUCUGACAACACAGCCAACGGGAUUGCCCUGCUGUGGGCCCCUCGACCUUUUAAUCUGAGGUCGGGUCGUACACGCCGCGCUAUGGACAUUCCACUGGUCAAGGCUUGGUACCGAGAACACUGUCCAUCAGGCAUGCCUGUCAAGGUGCGCGUGUCCUACCAGAAACUGCUCAAGUACUUUGUCCUGAAUGCCCUCAAACACAAGCCACCAAAGGCUCAGAAGAAAAGGUACCUGUUCCGGUCUUUCAAGGCAACAAAGUUUUUCCAGACAACUCAGCUGGACUGGGUGGAGGUGGGACUUCAGGUGUGUCGUCAAGGUUACAACAUGUUGAACCUCCUUAUCCAUCGAAAGAACCUCAAUUAUCUCCAUCUCGACUACAAUUUCAACCUAAAGCCUGUCAAGACCCUCACGACCAAGGAAAGAAAGAAGUCCAGAUUUGGAAACGCAUUCCAUCUGUGUCGUGAGAUUCUUCGUCUGACCAAGCUGAUCGUGGACAGUCAUGUGCAGUAUCGCCUUGGAAACGUUGACGCCUUCCAGCUAGCUGACGGCCAGCAGUAUGUGUUUGCUCAUGUUGGCCAGCUGACUGGGAUGUACAGGUACAAGUACAAGUUGAUGAGACAGAUUCGAAUGUGCAAGGACCUCAAACACGUCAUUUACUACAGAUUUAACACGGGACCAGUUGGUAAGGGACCCGGCUGUGGUAUCUGGUCUCCUGGCUGGAGGGUAUGGCUUUUCUUCAUGCGUGGCAUUACACCUUUACUAGAACGUUGGCUUGGCAACCUGCUGUCCCGUCAGUUUGAGGGGCGACACUCCAAGGGAGUGGCAAAGACGGUCACCAAGCAACGAGUUGAGAGUCAUUUUGAUCUGGAGCUCAGGGCGGCGGUGAUGCAUGACAUCCUAGAUAUGAUGCCAGAGGGAAUCAAACAGAACAAGGCCAGGACCAUCCUACAGCAUCUGAGUGAAGCCUGGAGGUGCUGGAAGGCCAACAUCCCUUGGAAGGUGCCCGGACUGCCGAUACCCAUUGAGAACAUGAUCUUGCGAUAUGUGAAAGCCAAAGCAGAUUGGUGGACGAACACCGCCCAUUACAACAGGGAACGAAUCAGAAGGGGUGCCACUGUUGACAAGACCGUGUGUAAGAAGAAUUUGGGUCGCUUAACUCGUCUGUACCUGAAGGCCGAGCAGGAGAGACAACACAACUACCUGAAGGACGGCCCCUACAUCACAGCUGAGGAAGCCGUUGCCAUCUACACGACCACAGUCCACUGGCUUGAGAGUCGACGAUUCUCCCCCAUCCCGUUCCCACCUCUCUCUUACAAACACGACACCAAGCUCCUUAUUCUGGCUUUGGAGAGGUUAAAGGAAGCAUAUAGUGUGAAGAGCCGUCUUAACCAGUCACAGAGGGAGGAGCUGGGACUGAUAGAACAGGCCUACGACAAUCCUCACGAGGCUCUGUCUCGUAUCAAACGUCAUCUACUCACUCAGCGAGCCUUCAAAGAGGUUGGUAUUGAGUUUAUGGACCUGUAUAGCCAUUUGAUUCCUGUGUAUGACGUUGAACCACUGGAGAAGAUCACAGACGCCUACCUUGACCAGUAUCUAUGGUACGAGGCUGACAAACGACGUCUGUUCCCACCCUGGAUCAAACCUGCAGACUCGGAGCCACCUCCACUCCUCACUUAUAAGUGGUGCCAGGGCAUCAACAACUUACAGGAUGUAUGGGACACGAGUGAAGGAGAGUGUAACGUUAUGAUGGAGUCCCACUAUGAGAAGAUGUACGAGAAGAUAGAUCUGACACUGCUCAACAGAUUGUUACGUCUCAUCGUGGAUCACAACAUUGCUGAUUAUAUGACAGCUAAAAACAACGUUGUCAUUAACUAUAAGGACAUGAACCAUACCAAUGCUUAUGGAAUAAUCCGUGGCCUCCAGUUUGCUUCGUUCAUCGUGCAGUACUACGGCUUGGUACUGGACCUGUUGGUGCUGGGUCUACACCGCGCCAGUGAGAUGGCUGGUCCACCUCAGCUGCCUAACGACUUUCUCACCUUCCAGGAUGUGAAUACCGAGGCUGCCCACCCUAUUCGUUUAUACUCACGUUACAUUGAUCGGAUACAUAUCUUCUUUAGAUUUUCUGCAGAAGAGGCCCGAGAUCUUAUCCAGCGUUACCUUACAGAACAUCCUGACCCCAACAAUGAGAACAUAGUCGGAUAUAACAACAAGAAAUGCUGGCCUCGAGACUCCAGAAUGAGGCUUAUGAAACAUGACGUGAACUUGGGGCGUGCAGUGUUCUGGGACAUCAAGAAUCGUUUGCCGAGGUCAGUGACCACGAUCCUGUGGGACAACAGUUUUGUGUCUGUAUACAGUAAGGACAAUCCAAACCUUCUGUUCAACAUGUCUGGCUUCGAGUGUCGCAUCCUGCCCAAGUGUCGCACAACACACGAGGAAUUCACACACAGAGACGGCGUUUGGAAUCUCCAGAAUGAGGUGACCAAGGAGAGAACAGCUCAGUGUUUCUUGCGAGUGGAUGAUGAGUCUAUGUCUCGAUUCCACAACCGGGUACGUCAGAUUCUCAUGGCAUCUGGAUCAACAACAUUCACGAAGAUUGUCAACAAGUGGAACACCGCUCUUAUUGGCCUGAUGACAUAUUUCCGUGAGGCCGUCGUCAAUACACAGGAACUAUUGGACCUACUCGUUAAGUGUGAAAACAAAAUCCAGACACGUAUCAAGAUUGGUCUCAAUUCUAAGAUGCCCAGUCGUUUCCCACCGGUUGUGUUUUACACUCCUAAGGAGUUGGGUGGACUCGGAAUGCUGUCCAUGGGUCACGUUCUUAUCCCACAAUCAGAUCUGCGGUGGUCAAAGCAGACUGAUGUUGGUAUCACUCAUUUCCGUUCCGGUAUGAGCCACGAUGAGGAUCAGCUCAUUCCAAAUUUAUACAGAUAUGUGAUGCCAUGGGAAAGUGAGUUCAUUGACUCGCAGCGAGUGUGGGCCGAGUACACCCUGAAACGACAGGAAGCCAAUGCUCAGAACAGGCGUUUGACCCUGGAGGACUUAGAAGACAGCUGGGACCGUGGAAUCCCAAGGAUCAAUACUUUGUUCCAGAAGGACCGACACACACUCGCCUACGACAAGGGAUGGCGGGUCCGAACCGAGUUCAAAGCCUUCCAGGUACUGAAGCAGAAUCCAUUCUGGUGGACGCAUCAGCGACACGACGGGAAGUUGUGGAACCUGAACAAUUACCGCACAGACAUGAUCCAGGCUCUAGGGGGCGUGGAGGGAAUUCUGGAACACACACUCUUCAAGGGGACAUACUUUCCAACCUGGGAAGGUCUCUUCUGGGAGAAGGCCAGUGGAUUUGAAGAGUCGAUGAAGUAUAAGAAACUUACGAAUGCCCAGAGGUCUGGUCUCAACCAGAUCCCCAACCGUCGCUUCACACUGUGGUGGUCCCCAACCAUCAACAGGGCCAAUGUAUAUGUAGGCUUCCAGGUACAGCUCGACUUGACAGGUAUCUUCAUGCACGGCAAGAUUCCAACCCUGAAGAUCUCACUCAUCCAGAUCUUCCGUGCUCAUUUGUGGCAGAAGAUCCACGAGAGCGUAGUUAUGGAUCUUUGUCAGGUGUUUGACCAGGAACUAGAUGCCCUGGAGAUUGAGACAGUCCAGAAGGAGACCAUACAUCCACGGAAGUCGUACAAGAUGAACAGCUCGUGUGCCGACAUCCUCCUGUUUGCUGCUUACAAGUGGAAUAUGUCCAAACCCUCGCUCCUGGCCGACUCCAAAGAUGUGAUGGACAACACCACAACCCAGAAGUACUGGCUGGACAUACAGCUGCGUUGGGGCGACUAUGACUCGCACGACAUUGAGCGCUACGCCCGAGCCAAGUUCCUCGACUACACGACAGACAACAUGAGUAUCUACCCGUCUCCGACAGGUCUGCUGAUCGGCAUCGACCUGGCCUACAACCUGCACAGUGCUUAUGGUAACUGGUUCCCUGGCUGUAAGCCCCUGAUCCAAUCAGCCAUGGCCAAAAUCAUGAAGGCCAACCCUGCGCUGUAUGUGCUUCGGGAGCGCAUCAGAAAGGGCCUGCAGCUCUACUCGUCUGAGCCCACCGAGCCCUACCUGUCCUCACAGAACUACGGCGAGCUCUUCUCCAAUCAGAUCAUCUGGUUUGUGGAUGACACCAAUGUCUACCGAGUCACCAUCCACAAGACAUUUGAGGGAAACCUUACAACCAAGCCUAUCAAUGGUGCCAUCUUCAUCUUUAAUCCCCGAACUGGUCAACUUUUCCUCAAGAUCAUUCACACGUCGGUCUGGGCUGGACAGAAACGUCUCGGACAGUUGGCCAAAUGGAAGACCGCAGAGGAAGUAGCUGCCCUGAUUCGUUCGCUCCCAGUGGAGGAGCAGCCCAAACAGAUUAUUGUCACAAGGAAGGGUAUGCUGGACCCCCUCGAGGUUCAUCUCCUCGACUUCCCCAACAUUGUCAUCAAGGGCAGUGAACUCCAGCUCCCCUUCCAGGCCUGUCUCAAGGUGGAGAAGUUUGGAGACCUGAUCCUGAAGGCUACAGAGCCACAGAUGGUGUUGUUUAACCUGUACGACGACUGGCUCAAGACCAUAUCGUCUUACACAGCAUUCUCUCGUCUGAUCCUGAUCCUGCGAGCAUUGCACGUCAACAAUGACCGGACUAAAAUAGUGCUGAAGCCAGACAAGACCACGAUCACCGAGCAGCACCACAUCUGGCCCACCCUGUCGGACGAGGAGUGGAUGAAGAUUGAAAUGCAGCUUAAGGACCUCAUCCUUGCCGACUACGGCAAGAAAAACAACGUCAACGUAGCGUCACUUACGCAAUCAGAAAUCCGUGACAUCAUCCUGGGUAUGGAGAUCUCUGCCCCUUCAGCACAGCGUCAACAAAUCGCAGAGAUUGAGAAACAGACCAAGGAGCAAUCGCAGCUUACAGCAACCACUACACGAACUGUCAACAAGCAUGGAGAUGAAAUCAUCACCUCAACAACCAGUAACUACGAGACAUCUACUUUUGCAUCCAAGACAGAGUGGCGAGUUCGUGCCAUCUCUGCGACAAACUUGCAUCUGCGUACAAACCACAUCUAUGUGUCGUCAGAUGACAUCAAGGAGACCGGUAACACAUACAUCUUACCAAAGAAUGUGCUGAAAAAGUUCAUCAUUAUCUCCGAUCUCAGAGCUCAGAUUGCUGGCUACCUGUAUGGGGUAAGCCCCCCAGACAACCCUCAGGUGAAGGAGAUACGAUGUAUUGUCCUGCCGCCACAGUGGGGAACGCACCAGACCGUCCAUCUCCCUAACAUCCUCCCAGAGUCCGAGUACCUCAAGGAAAUGGAACCCCUAGGUUGGAUACACACUCAGCCCAAUGAACUGCCCCAGCUGUCCCCCCAGGACAUCACUACACACGCCAAGGUCAUGGGAGAUAACCCCGCCUGGGACGGAGAGAAGACGGUCAUCAUCACAUGUAGCUUCACGCCUGGCUCCUGCUCACUGACCGCUUACAAACUGACCCCCACUGGGUGUGAGUGGGGCCGUCAAAACACAGACACUGGAAAUAACCCCAAGGGUUACCUCCCCUCGCAUUACGAGCGUGUACAGAUGUUGUUGUCAGAUAGGUUCCUGGGAUUCUUCAUGACGCCAUCACAAAGCUCCUGGAAUUACAACUUCAUGGGUGUACGUCACGACCCCAACAUGAAAUACGAACUACAGCUGUCAAACCCAAAGGAGUUCUACCACGAAGUUCAUCGACCCUCACACUUCCUUAACUUCUCCUCUAUGGAGGAGGGAGAACUUGGCAGUUCAGACAGAGAAGAUCUCUUCAUGUGAGGCUCCCCAAGGGGGCUGCGAAACUUUAACCUCACUUGUGAGACUUGCCAGGGGACAAAUUUGCUUGAUUCAGAUUUUGCAAUCUAGCAUGGAAAUGGAAAGUUAUGGUGCAAUUCUGUGAACAAAAGAAAUUUUCCAAAAUAAACAUUCUGAUUAGCAUUGUUUACUAAAGCAGAGGGUUUUUCACAACACGAGUUCAUGAUAUAUACAUAUGUGUAUGUAUAUAAGUGUAUGUAAAUAUUUCAUCGAAAGGAUUGAAAUUCUCACGAUCUGAAUCAUAAUUCAUGUAUGUAAAUAUUUCCUUGAGAAACUGGUUUAUGUAGACACUGCGUGAAAUAUUUUCAAUCCUCAUUGACGUUUUUAUAGAUGUGUCAGACUGUGUGUGUGUAAUUUCCUUUGGUGAAAGAGUUAACGUAUGUGUGGAAGAGAAAUAUGUCGUUGUGUAAAUGAAAUAUUUUACGGAUAAAAAGUUGGGAGUGAAGUCGGUGCUGGAAGUCUUUGUCUCGUUGCUGUAAGUACUUACAUGUAAAAUUGUAAAUAUUUCAUUGAAGAUAUCAUCUUUGAUAUGGUCAUUGAAGCUGAAGUUUCCAUGAAAACUUCCAUUAUUUUCAUAGAGUGAUUCAUAUUUGGAUGCUGCGCACCAUUCACAGGGCUUCAUUGCGUAAUGUUCUUUAGAACCUUCCCAUUUAGACCUGGAUGAUUUAGUUCAUUGAAUAGAGUCGGUGGUUUAGGAGCUGAACCACAUUCGUUGGCUUCUGAUGUUAUAAACACUGGUUCAGGCACAUCAAACGACAUUACUUCUGACUUUCCAAAGUCCAGCACAUAUUUGUGAUGAUGCCAUUCCAGAACUGUGUAUCAUAUCUGUCAUAACUUUCUGUGAGAACGCUUUUCAAAAUCAUUCAAUGGCUUGUGUUGGUUGAUAAGAUCAAUAUGGUUUGAAAUCUCACAAAUUUGUUAUUAAUCUGAAAAAUAUCUGUUGCAAGACGUGUGCAUACAUCAAGAUCAUGUGUAUUUAAAUUUCAUUUCAAUCACUUAACAUGUUUUGUACAUCAAGUUGUAGAUAUAAUGUAUGUCACUCAAUCUGGUUCAAUAAAAGUGAAUCACAUCUUUA